AUGUGGGAAGAUUGUGCUGACCGAGUCUUUUUCCUUUCCAACAGGGUCAACCUUCGCACCCAGAAGCGCCUCGCCGCCUCCGUGGCCGGCUGCGGCAAGCGCAAGAUCUGGCUGGACCCCAGUGAGACGACCGAGAUCUCCAACGCCAACUCCCGCCAGACCAUCCGCAAGCUCGUCAGCGAUGGCCUCAUCAUCCGCAAGCCCGUCACCAUGCACUCGCGCGCCCGCGCCCGUGAACUCAACGAGGCCCGCCGGAUCGGUCGUCACCGCGGUCUGGGUAAGCGCAAGGGUACCAAGGACGCCCGUAUGCCCAGCCAAAUCCUCUGGAUGCGCCGCAUGCGUGUUCUCCGCCGCCUCCUCGUCCGCUACCGUGCCGCUGGCAAGAUCGACAAGCACCUCUACCACGAGCUGUACCACCUGAGCAAGGGUAACACCUUCAAGCACAAGCGUGCCCUCGUUGAGCACAUCCAGAAGGCCAAGGCCGAGCGCCAACGUGAGCGUGUCCUGAAGGAGGAGAUGGACGCUAAGCGUGCCAAGAACAAGGCUCUCCGUGAGCGCCGGGCGGAGCGGGUUGAGGCCAAGCGCAACGCUCUGAUUGCCGAGGAGUAA